GGAGGUACAAAAAAGCUCGAUUGCGUCACUCCAACGGAAAGGGAGCCGCGGGGGGUGGUGAUGGUGGUGUUCGGAGGUGACGUCAAUUGUCGAGACGCAAUAACGUGACGUCGAUUGUCGACAGUCGCUGGAAACGGAGUCACGCGUUGCGGAAGUUUUAAAAUUUGGCGCCAAAUCUCGCGGCGGAGGGCCUUGCGAUUCGUUUAAAGUGUACAGUCUAACGUUUUACAUAUAUACGUUCUGCCAAGUUCGUAGGUCAUUGUUAAAGCGCGUAGUUUGUAAAUGUGAGGGAAAUAUAUUGGUGCCGCGUUGAACAGCAAUGACUGUUUAUCUUCUCGAGCAACGUUAGCUCAAUGGGGAGUUCCCUCGUUCCCUGAUGCUGCUCCUCAUUGUCCUACAACUCCGUCAUGAAGAGGAAAUCCUGGUCAUGUCCGAACAAACUUCGAGCCUCUUCUCGCCGGCAUUUGUCUCGCGACUUAGCCUGGCGUAACAACCUCGCCUCCCUUACCUCCCCGACCCAUCGCCAUUCAUCCGAAUGUGCGUGCGAGUCGCACCAUCAAGUAUGUAUGUACAGUAUGCUGAACUUCUUUCGCACCGUACGUAAAGCCGCCCGCGCUCAUCCGAGGUGAGGUGAGGUGCGGUGCGCCGGGGUGUAGGGGGGGUAGGUUUAGAGGCGAGUUCGCGUUGUGUUUGUGAGCGCUUCGCAGUCGAGACCAUGGAGGAGCUGAUCAUCAACCCGCGCGUGCAGGCGGCGCUCAAGAGAGCGCACAUCUACACGUUGAAAGAGGUCAUCUGUCUUUCUGGACCUGACCUGGAGCGCAUGACGAAGUUGUCCAGUACGGACGUGAAACACCUGCACCAUGCUGUUGCUACUGCACUCUUUAACCGCCCUGCGGUCACAGCUUUGCAGAUGUGGCGAGGAGAGUGCCCGGGGCAGGGGGUCCGUCUGAGCCUGGGCUGCCCCGUGCUGGACGCCUUUCUCCAAGGAGGCUUCCCGGUGCCCGGCGUAAGCGAGCUGGUCGGGGAAAGUGCCACGGGCAAGACGCAGAUCUGCAUGCAGCUCAGCCUGACCGUGCAGUACCCGCGCGAGUACGGGGGACUUGGAGCAGGGGCUGUGUACGUGUGCACCGAAGAUGCAUUUCCCAAUAAGCGCCUCUGCCAAAUGAUCCAAGCUCAGGCCAAAAUGAGAGAGGACGUUCCGCCAGAUGUUCUUGCAAAGAUCUCCUUCGGGGAGAACAUUUACAUUGAGCACGCAGCAGAUGUUGCCUCCUUGUACACUUGCAUCACCCGCCGCCUGCCGGUGCUGCUGUCCCGUGGUGUCGUGCGGCUGAUCGUCGUGGACUCGAUCGCGGCGUUGUUCCGCUCCGAGUUCUCCGUGCAUGAGGCCGUGGCCCGGGCGCAGCAGCUGCGAAAAUUCGGUGCUCAGUUGCACGAGUUGAGCAACACGUACUCUGCGCCCGUCAUCUGUGUCAACCAGGUUACUGGAAAUGUUUCUGGCCAAGACCAUGGAUCAGGUGCACAGAGUAAAGUUAUCCCUGCACUGGGCAUCACCUGGGCCAACAUGCUGCUCAUGCGGAUAAUGGUGAGCCGGGGCCACGCAGAGGGCACAGCACCCACCGGUGCUGGCACGUGGCGAGCAGCAGACGCCCCCACGGGCACACACGCUCACAACCGAGACGUGACCCAACAGCCGGAUGUCGUUCGCACCAUGGAGCUCGUGUUCGCGCCACACCUCCCCCAGUCGUCUUGCCGCUAUGCAGUCACCACGCACGGGGUUGUGGGUCUCGAGUAGCGCCACAGCUGUCGCUCGCCACCCACACGAGUCGUUGGAUCAAAAUGCACUUGAGUUAAAAUGGAAGCAAAUAGUUGAAACCGAUAAGCUGCUCAGUGUUUUGGUCUUCGCAGCCUACAAUCAAAUCAACCUUAAUCCAACCCAUCUCAGAGCUUCAAGCUAAGCCAAGUGGAGCUUGGUUUGUACUUUAAUGGGGAAUACUGCCUCAAAAUAUCAGUUGCAGACUUAGGAAGUAAAAAAAUAUAAAAAAAUAUAUUUCUGCAGAGCUUUAAAUGAUGUCCCCUCACAUGUCUCGGUUUUAUCUGGUUAAGUCCCCCUUAUAUUUCCUCCCACAUUCCAAAAAACCCUUACAUGGAAUUGGUCAAACAUCCCAAUGCAGGACUCUCUUGAAAAAGAGUUGAGACUAGAGUAAAGAGCAUUUAUAUUGCUGGUAUUCUGUUAACAUUUUUUUCAGAUUAAAAAAUAACAUUUUUGUGCACCACGUGGUUUAAUUUACAUUUUUGUCAACACGUGACAUGUGGAGCAUCUCAUAAUAAUGGAAAAUAUUUGAAGAAAAUAAUGUCCAGUUCCACAAAUAUUGGCUGGAGAACUUUGUGCUGUAGCUAUAUUUUUGCUCCAUUAUGUAAAAUGUUAAGGAUGGUUUAAAAAAAAAAUCUAUAAUAUAACUGGACUACAUUUGUUAAAUACUGUAAUUAUAUUGUCAUGUUAAUAUUAUUUCAAGGAUUCUAUUGUAUUCGCAUAAUUAAAGAAACAAAAUACUGUAACUAAGUUCAGCCUUGAACGAUCAUUUUGGCUUGCGUUAAUUGUCUUACAAGCAAACCUGAUCCUCCCAAUGCCUGUGUUUCCAAAUAUAGUUCAUGUUUGAAAACUGCUAUACAUCACGAUUAUGCCACUCCUCAUCAUGCGUGUCAGAGUGAACAGUAAAUUGCCCACAUACACACUGACCGGCUUAAGCCAAAGACACCUUGCAAAUUCGCAAUUGAAAUGUAUUUACAGAUUCUGAUACCAUCCAUAUGAUCAUUGGCAAAGCAGAUAAUUUUCCAAUGUGUCAUUUUAUAAUGGUCUUUGCGGGAAAUAUUUCAUUUAAUAGUCUUAUAGUGGCUGGUGUUUCACUUACACGAUUUCAUUGUACAAAUUUGGAGUAGGGUUUUUGUAAAAUAAUAGCAUUGGAUGACUAAUUUAAAUCUAUUUCGUACCCACUAAGCAAACAAUGCUGUUAAAUUGUUAAAUCUGAUUAAAUGUGUAUACAUAGCAUUUGCAAACAGUGCCAGUUACAGAACCAUAUUGAACAAACAAAAGAUACUUAUUCUACUUAUUGUAGCACAUUCUUUCUAUAGGUGUGACAAAGAAGAGAUUGUUUGAAAUGUACACAUGCUGUGUUUUAUUGUGUUGGCUGUAUGUGACCAGAACAUGAGCUCAUGGGCCCUUAUUCACACUACAAUCAAUCAUUUAGCAGGUAGCUUUAUUUAUCUUGCUGUUUUGUCACAUCAAUAUUAUAGAACCUUAUUCUUAGAUUCGUUACUACCCUUUUACUGUGAACAUAUCAAAGCGCCUAUUCAGACUGUCAGUGCCUUAUAAUAUACCUUAUAAUAUCAUUAUAAAGCACUAUCAAUGCGCUGUUGCCAUCUCAUGGUUCCAUGCCACAAUCUAUCUCGCUUCUACACAUGAACCUGUUUCUUAACUUCCAUCUUUGCAGUGUCAUUCGUUCACUAGUCUCUUCCAUUGGCCAUCAUUAUCGUAAUGUGUCCUAUCCAAUACAUUUCAAGGGUUAUUACAAUGUCUCUAUUUGAUCUAUACACUAUUUUUGUCUCGGUGUAAUCCAUAGCACAGUAGAGAAAAUAUCACAAGUGCACUUCGGCGGUGAUGGGGGGGAUAAGCGUAUUAAAUUACUACAUUCACCCAUGCAGUGUGAACGUUUUGGGCUGUAUGUCGUAUAUUAAUAGCUUCAUAGCCCUAACCCCUGGCCUCCACGUGGGUGAAUCUGUUAAGUGUAGUAAUGACACGGUAAUGUAUUGUGUAUGCUGUGUGCUAACACUGCAGAGAAUUGUACCUCCAAGACAAAUAAUCGUCCCACGUUUUAUAGUGCAACUUAGAAGUUUUAAGCUUAAGAUUAGGCAUACAUUUUCAUGAUAAUGUUAUGGUUUGUU